UAAACAUGGUAAAGGCUUGCCAGUCUCAAGUAAACAAGGUAAAGGCUUGCCAGUCUCAAGUACACAUGGUAAAGGCUUGCCAGUCUCAAGUACACAUGGUAAAGGCUUGCCAGUCUCAAGUAAACAUGGUAAAGGCUUGCCAGUCUCAAGUACACAUGGUAAAGGCUUGCCAGUCUCAAGUAAACAAGGUAAAGGCUGGCCAGUCUCAAGUAAACAUGGUAAAGGCUUGCCAGUCUCAAGUAAACAAGGUAAAGGCUGGCCAGUCUCAAGUAAACAUGGUAAAGGCUUGCCAGUCUCAAGUACACAUGGUAAAGGCUUGCCAGUCUCAAGUAAACAAGGUAAAGGCUGGCCAGUCUCAAGUAAACAUGGUAAAGGCUUGCCAGCCUCAAGUACACAUGGUAAAGGCUUGCCAGUCUCAAGUAAACACGGUAAAGGCUUGCCAGUCUCAAGUACACAUGGUAAAGGCUUGCCAGUCUCAAGUAAACAAGGUAAAGGCUGGCCAGUCUCAAGUAAACAUGGUAAAGGCUUGCCAGUCUCAAGUAAACAAGGUAAAGGCUGGCCAGUCUCAAGUAAACAUGGUAAAGGCUUGCCAGUCUCAAGUACACAUGGUAAAGGCUUGCCAGUCUCAAGUAAACAAGGUAAAGGCUAGCCAGUCUCAAGUAAACAUGGUAAAGGCUUGCCAGUCUCAAGUAAACAUGGUAAAGGCUUGCCAGUCUCAAGUAAACAUGGUAAAGGCUUGCCAGUCUCAAGUAAACAAGGUAAAGGCUUGCCAGUCUCAAGUACACAUGGUAAAGGCUUGCCAGUCUCAAGUAAACAUGGUAAAGGCUUGCCAGUCUCAAGUACACAUGGUAAAGGCUUGCCAGUCUCAAGUAAACAAGGUAAAGGCUGGCCAGUCUCAAGUAAACAUGGUAAAGGCUUGCCAGUCUCAAGUAAACAAGGUAAAGGCUUGCCAGUCUCAAGUAAACAAGGUAAAGGCUUGCUAG